AUGGAGGAUGCAGACCUAAAUAAUAACAUCGACGAACAGUCACAAGCUGUCGAUGGCUUAGAUCAUGACAAGGUUGGUGAUAGAGGUAUCAUGAAUGACCAGAUUCAUCUCGAUCCUAGUCGUUGGUGGUUUGCGUCAGCCGCAUUUCCCAUGAUAGCUGGUACCCUGGGCCCUGUGGCUUCAGCUUUCAGUAUUUGUUCGCUUGUCAAGUAUUGGAGACAGCAUAUUCCUCCAGGUUCCGACAUUACUAAAGCAGUAUAUGUCAAGGACCCUCUGUGGCUAACAGUAGUGAAUGCCGUCCAACUAGCCCUAGCUAUAAUCGCGAACGUGUUUCUCCUGCUGAAUAUGACGAAGAGGGUGCGGUUUUCGAUUGCGCAACCUAUAACGAUAGCUGGUUGGUACAUAUCGGCGAUAUGUCUCAUAGCCCUGUGUGCUACAGCAACUGGACCGUUAGAUCUUCAGCCACAAAUUGAAUAUGUCUGGUCCCAAGCCUUCUAUUAUGGCUUGUUUGCUGCUAUCAUCUACUUCAUAGUUGCCUCUCUUAUGGUCAUCACGGUCUGGGGUGCUCAAACUGGGCACUACGGUAAAGACUUUGAAUUGACAACUAGCCAGAGGACUUUGAUGCUUCAGACUAUCCUCUUCCUCGUAUACCUACUCUUAGGCGCUUUUGUCUUCUCCAAGAUCGAGGGCUGGAACUACCUUGAUUCUGUAUAUUGGGCAGAUGUCACUCUCUUCACGGUUGGCUUCGGGGAACUAUCCCCACAGACCAGUCUUGGACGUGGCAUUCUCGUUCCAUACGCGCUGAUUGGUGUUAUCAGCCUUGGUUUGGUAAUUGGAUCUAUCCGGAGCUUGAUUCUUGAUCGCGGCAAGCAUAGGCUCGACGCGCGCAUGUUAGAGAGACAACGGCGGCUAUUAAUACGGCGCGUCUUGCGGAAAGGACAUAGUAGUGUUCUUGAACCGAUCGACGACGGAGCUUCGGAUGGUUUCCCUUCAAAUGCUCGCUGGACAGAGUUUGAGCGCCGUCAGAAAGAAUUUCAACUCAUGCGCAAGGUUCAACGACAGAGCAUCAAAAAGAGAAAGAUGGACCGCCAUGACAGUAUCGUUUAUUACUUGGCUGCUGCUCUGGCUACUUUGACAACGAUCGGGUAUGGUGACCUCACCCCAGUCUCGAACUCAGCCAAGGCAUUCUUUGUAUUCUGGUCACUGCUCGCCUUACCCACUAUGACUGUCCUUAUAUCAAACGCGGGGGAUACGAUCGUGAAGGGCAUUAAAGAUGGCACCCUUUUACUUGGAAACCUCACAAUAUUGCCUGGAGAACAUGGCUUCAAGAAAGAAAUGAAGCAGUUGCUGUCAAAAUUUUCCUGUGGUAUGCUGUUUGUGGACGACGAUAUCGAAGAAUCUCCCCCCGGCUUCUUAGGAGCAGCGCAUGAGCAGCAUACAGACGACGACGAGGAUAACGACGAAGAAGAUGAAGGAAGGGCUUCCAAUUCAACCGAUAUAAAUAAUGCAGAAAGCAACCGAAGAGCCCAGGGGGACGCUGAAAACGGAGAAUUGCGGCUAACGUCAUCGCCGCUAACUACUUCAACUAAACAAUCUCCUAAUAGACCACAACUCACACACAAAUCUCGAUCCGCCAAAAACCUAAAGACGAAGUCACCGAGACGCUCCGCCUCCGUAGCCCGAAAAAGCCUGCCCACCGAACUCCCCAAAUCCCGCGCCGAGUACCACCUCGUCCUAAUCGACGAGAUAUCCCGCGUGACUAAGCACCUGCGGCACUCGCCGCCGCGCAAGUACACCUUUAAGGAGUGGGCAUGGUACCUCCGACUCAUCGGCGAGGACGAGAGCAGCGCCGAGAACCACCGCCGACCCGAGCACCAGCCGCCGGAGGGACGCCACGGUAGACGUCCUCGCACCCUUGCGAAUCGGCUGCACGGGGAAUCCGCCACUCCCAUGAACGGAGAUGACAAUCCAAGAUCCAGAGACGACGACGAAGAUAACAGCAGCAACAGCAACAAAAUAACGGCGAAGAAGAAGAAGAAGAAGCGAGUCCCGCGGCGGAAAUACCGAAGUGGAGCUGGAUCGGACACCGAAGCCCGCUACUGGAUACCCGGGAGGAGGCGGAGUGGAUUUUAG